UGGUGUAAAGUAUUAAAUUUGGAUAAAAUUUCGAUGAAUGCCAAUUUCUUUUCAUUAGGUGGUAAUUCUCUCUUGUUAAUAAAAUUGUUUAAUUAUUAUCAAGCAAUGUAUUCAAAUCAUAUAAAUACCAUCCUUACCAUCCUAUAUGGUCCCAUCUCUGUUUAUUAUAUUAGAUGAAUUUCCAUUAAAUUCAAAUGGGAAAAUAGAUCGUAAACAAUUACCGAGAACCAGAGCUGUUGCAAAGUAUAAACAAGCGAUCACAUGUUGAUUUUGAUCCUCAACAAAUGAAAUGUAUACACCACAAAUUUGUCGAACAAGCUGUGAACCAUCCACAAAAGAUUUGUGUAAUGUUAGAUGAACAGUCAUUGACAUAUGGUGAAGUAUUACAUAGAGUACAAUAUUUCGCGUCAUAUUUGAUUCGUGAAUGUAGUGUUCAACCUGGCCAUAUUAUUUGUCAAUGUGUUGAGCGCUCUAUUGAAAUGGUCAUUGGUAUUCUUGCAAUACUUUCUUGUGGUGCUUGCUAUACACCUUUAAGUCCAAAUGAUCCAAUAAAUCGCACUUUAGUGUUGAUAAAGGAUUUAAAAUCAAAUAUUGUACUCAUCCAUUCAUUAACACAAAAUAAAUUUAUUGAUAAGAAGAACGAAGAUAACAUUUAUUUUAUUAAUAUUCAGCAAGCUAUCUGUGGCUGUCAAAUCAUGUGUGAUGAGAAAGAUUUAAACCUGUUGUCAAAUAUACUUGUGACUGUUGAUAAUAUUGCUUAUUGUUUAUUCACGUCUGGUUCAACUGGUGAGCCAAAAGCAGUUCAAGUUUGUCAUAGAAGUUUUAUUUCUGGUAUGGAAACCGUAUUACAUUUGAAUAUUAUGACCAACAUCGAUCUUGUUUUACAACUUAUUGCAUGUUCAUUUGACGUUCAUUUGUUAGAAUUAUUAGGUUCUAUGACUGCAGGAGCCACAUUAGUCAUGUUAAAAAGAGAAGGAAAUUUAGAUCUGAACUAUUUAAUGUCUGUUAUUCAUAAGAAACAAAUAACAUUUGCUAUUUUUAUUCCAACAUUUAUGUUAAUUAUAGAAGCAUUUCUGAAAGAGACAGAGCAAAUUAAUCAUAUGGAAACGCUUCGAACUAUUUGCUGUGGCGGUAGGUACGAUACAUGGAAAUUUCGUUUAAUCCCAGCAGCAAGCUCUUUUCUUUUAUAG